GUCACUGGAGUGAUAAGCAAAGAGUAUAUCCCAAAAGGAACACGCUUUGGACCCCUGGUAGGAGAGAUCUAUACCAGCGAUACGGUUCCCAAGAAUGCGAACAGAAAAUACUUUUGGCGGAUCUAUUCAAAUGGUGAGCUUCACCACUUCAUUGACGGAUUUAACGAGGACAAGAGCAACUGGAUGCGUUAUGUAAACCCGGGCUACUCUGUCCAGGAGCAGAACUUGGCUGCUUGUCAAAAUGGAAUGAAUAUCUACUUCUACACCAUCAAGCCCAUCCCUGCCAACCAGGAGCUGCUCGUGUGGUACUGCCGGGACUUUGCAGAGAGGCUCCACUACCCCUCUUCCAGAGAGCUGACAAUGAUGAACCUCACACAAACCCAUGCUAAUCCAAAGCAGCACAGUGCUGAUAAAGAUGAGCUCUGUCAGAAAAGCAUUCCAAAGAAAGAGCACAGUGUGAAAGAAAUCCUGAAAAUGGAAUCCAACCCUCCAAAAGGAAAAGACUUCUUCCAGACCAACAUUUCACCAGUUACUCCAGAAAAAGACUUGGAUGAUUUGCGCAAGAACUAUAGCCCUGAGAGGUGUUUCUUCCCUCGAGUUGUCUAUCCAAUCCGACCUCACAUUCCUGAAGACUAUCUGAAAGCUUCCUUAGCUUAUGGGAUGGACAGGCCCAGCUACAUUACUCACUCACCCAUCCAAUCGUCUACUACACCAAGUCCUUCUGGGAGGAGCAGCCCAGACCAAAGUUUAAAAAGUUCAAGCCCUCAUAGCAGUCCAGGGGUCACGGUUUCACCUCUGGCACCUCCCUCUCAAGAGCACAGAGAGUCAUACUCCUACUUGAAUGGCUCAUACAGCUCAGAAGGAUUGGGGUCUUAUCCUGGAUACGCACCCCCUAGCCAUCUCCCAUCCGCCUUUCUGCCGUCCUACCACCCCCACUACCCUAAAUUCGUGUUACCUCCGUUCAAUAUGAGCUGCAAUAACCUGAGCGCUUUGAACAAUAUCAACGGCAUCAACAACUUCAGCCUCUUCCCAAGGAUGUACCCUCUUUACGGCAACCUGCUCAGUGGAGGGAGCCUUUCCCACCACAUGUUGAACCCAGCCACGCUCCCCAGUUCGCUGCCCAGUGAAGGAGGCCGUCGACUGCUGCAGCCCGAUCACCCGAGAGACUUGCUCAUCCCAGCACCUAACAGUGCCUUCUCCAUCACGGGCGCUGCCGCCAGCAUGAAGGACAAGCCAUGCAGCCCCACCAGCGGCAAUCUCAAAACCCACCUGCGGCUCCACUCCGGAGAAAAGCCUUACCAGUGCAAGCUGUGCCCAGCCAAAUUCACCCAGUUUGUGCACCUCAAGCUGCACAAGCGUCUCCACACCCGGGAACGGCCGCAUAAAUGCAUCCACUGCCACAAGAGCUACAUUCACCUCUGCAGCCUCCAGGUCCAUCUGAAGGGCAACUGCCCCGUAGCGCCUGCCUCCAGCCUCUCUAUGGAGGACCUGAAUCGAAUCAACGAAGAGAUAGAAAAGUUUGACAUCAGUGACAAUGCCGACAAGCUGGAAGAAAUGGAGGACAAUAUCGACCUGACGUCCAUCGUGGAGAAGGAUAUACUGACCAUACUCAGAAGGGAAAUGGAAGGAGCUAAUCUGAAAGUAUCUUUGCAGAGGAACCUGGGAAAUGGACUUAUCUCCUCAGGAUGCAACCUUUACGAGUCUUCAGAUAUGUCGAUUAUGAAGUUGCCUCACGGUCACCCACUACCUCUGUUACCUGUAAAGGUCAAGCAAGAAACAGUUGAACCAAUGGACCCUUAAGACUUUUUGGCAAAGUAAUUUUUUUUUUUAUUUAUGACUUGGCAAGUCAGGGUGCCUGUAGCAGUUGCUUGUACAUAGUUUCAAUGCUGCAAAGCAAUCUUGGCUUACAGUAGUUUCCCUACGCUCUCCAACUGAAAGAAGGAACUCCAAAGUUACUGUUUUCUCAGGGCAUAAAAAGAGGCAAAGGACUGCAUGUUGCCUCGCCAGUUACUAAAAGACAAUCAUCUAUCCAUAAUUAUUUUUUCAAUGAUAGUACUUCAUAAUUUAUUAUGCAAUUUAUCAUUCUAAAAGCAAUAAUUAGAGAAAUGUUUACAAUGACUGGAAAAUUCAUUGUAAUUUUUACUUUAAAUGUUUUUAUUUUUUUUGUUUUAUGGCCAUUCUUUGUAGAUACUUUUUCUGCACAUCUGUUUUAAAAACCUAAGAUUGGGGUUUCGGUAAAUGCAUUGUAUGUACCAAUGUCUUUUAAACAAAUGUGGGUUUUUGUAUUGCCAAAGUUGGACAUUUGACAUACAGAAUCCUAGAUCAGUUGGUUUGAAGAAAUGCUGUGUACUCUUAUAUGC